AUGGAGGAACAGGGGGACUGGGUAGGCAACAGGUCCAACCUGGGGGUGGAGGAACAGGGGGACAGGGUAGGCAACAGGUCUUACCCGGGGGUGGAGGAACAGAGGGACAGGGUAGGCAACGGGUCCAACCUGGGGGUGGAGGAACAGGGGGACAGGGUAGGCAACAGGUCUUACCCGGGGGUGGAGGAACAGAGGGACAGGGUAGGCAACGGGUCCAACCUGGGGGUGGAGGUGGGACAGGGCAACGGGUCCAACCUGGGGGUGGAGGAACAGGGGGACAGGGUAGGCAACAGGUCUUACCCGGGGGUGGAGGAACAGAGGGACAGGGUAGGCAACGGGUCCAACCUGGGGGUGGAGGAACAGGGGGACAGGGUAGGCAACAGGUCUUACCCGGGGGUGGAGGAACAGAGGGACAGGGUAGGCAACGGGUCCAACCUGGGGGUAGAGGUGGGACAGGGUAGGCAACGGGCCCUACCUGGGGAUGGAGGAACAGAGGGACUGGGUAGCAAGCAGGUCUUACCCGGGGUGGAGGCACAGGGGGACUGGGUAGGCAACAGGUCCAACCUGGGGGUGGAGGAACAGGGGGACAGGGUAGGCAACAGGUCCAACCUGGGGGUGGAGGAACAGGGGGACAGGGUAGGCAACAGGUCCAACCUGGGGAUGGAGGAACAGAGGGACAGGGUAGGCAACAGGUCCAACCUGGGGGUGGAGGAACAGGGGGACAGGGUAGGCAACAGGUCCAACCUGGGGAUGGAGGAACAGGGGGACAGGGUAGGCAGCAGGUCUUACCCGGGGGUGGAGGAACAGGUGGACUGGGUAGGCAACAGGUCUUACCCGGGGGUGGAGGAACAGGGGGACAGGGUAGGCAACAGGUCCAACCUGGGGAUGGAGGAACAGAGGGACAGGGUAGGCAACAGGUCCAACCUGGGGGUGGAGGAACAGGGGGACAGGGUAGGCAACAGGUCCAACCUGGGGAUGGAGGAACAGGGGGACAGGGUAGGCAACAGGUCCAACCUGGGGGUGGAGGAACAGGGGGACAGGGUAGGCAACAGGUCCAACCUGGGGAUGGAGGAACAGAGGGACAGGGUAGGCAACAGGUCCAACCUGGGGAUGGAGGAACAGAGGGACUGGGUAGGCAACGGGUCCAACCUGGGGAUGGAGGAACAGAGGGACUGGGUAGCAAGCAGGUCUUACCCGGGGGUGGAGGCACAGGGGGACUGGGUAGGCAACAGGUCCAACCUGGGGGUGGAGGAACAGGGGGACAGGGUAGGCAACAGGUCCAACCUGGGGGUGGAGGAACAGGGGGACAGGGUAGGCAACAGGUCCAACCUGGGGGUGGAGCCCUGCUCCUCUGGCUUCACUACCCACCUCAGGACAAAAAUUAACUCUAGGGAGGAGGAAGAUGAGAAAGAUCCAGAGGACAAUGUGUCGGAGAAGGUUGAGGAGAAAGACGAGCAGAUGGACAGAUGGGAACAGUGUUAUCAGAGGAAGAACUGGAGGAACUAA